AUGGCUUUACACGUACCGAAAGCUCCUGGGGUACCCCAGAUGUUAAAAGAAGGUGCACGGAUGUUCUCUGGCCUAGAAGAGGCAGUCUUCCGUAACAUAAAUGCCUGUAAACAGUUCGCCCAAAGUGUUCGCUCAGCCUAUGGACCUAAUGGCAUGAAUAAAAUGAUAAUCAACCACAUUGAUAAACAAUUUGUGACUAGUGAUGCUGGUACUAUCAUUAGAGAACUGGAUGUAGAACACCCAGCUGCUAAACUGAUGGUUUUAGCCAGUCAGAUGCAGGAUUCUGAAGUUGGUGAUGGUACUAACUUUGUCAUAGUGUUUUCUGGAGCUCUUCUUGAAGCAGCAGAAGAGCUGUUGCGUUUGGGUGUAACGCCUAGUGAGAUUGCUGAUGGUUAUGAGAAAGCUCUAGAGAAAUGUUUGGAAAUUCUGCCUGGACUUGUCUGUGAAGAAAUUAAAGAUUGCAAAAACAUUGAAGCUGUAACCAAAGGAAUCACUCCAUCAAUCAUGUCUAAGCAGUAUGGUUAUGAAGAUUUUAUUGCUUCACUGGUUGCAAAGGCAUGUAUUGCUAUCCUUCCUGAGAAAACUACAUUCAAUGUUGACAAUGUUAGGAUAUGCAAGAUUCUGGGAUCAGGACUUUUACAGUCUGAAGUACUCUCAGGCAUGGUCUUCAAGCGUGAGGUUGAAGGAGAUGUUUCUUCUGCAACAAAAGCUAAAGUAGCUGUAUACUCCUGCCCUGUGGAUAUCACACAAACAGAAACCAAGGGAACAGUUUUGAUAAAAUCUGCUGAUGAACUUCUUAACUUCAGUAGAGGAGAGGAGUCUCAAUUGGAGAAACAAAUUAAGGAUAUUGCUGAUGCUGGAGUCAAAGUGGUUGUUGCUGGUGCUAAAUUUGGAGAUAUGGCUUUACAUUUUUUGAAUAAAUAUGGUGUCAUGGCUGUUCGUCUCAACUCUAAGUUUGACAUUCGCCGUCUUGCCAAGACUGUGAAUGCUACUGUCCUGCCAAGACUAACCACCCCCACUGCUGAAGAAUUGGGAUAUUGUGAUUCUAUUGGUGUGGAGGAAUUAGGAGACACUCGUGUUGUUUGCUUCCGCAUGGAGAGCUCAGAAUCACGUAUCUCUACAGUUGUCAUCAGAGGUUCCACUGAUAACUAUAUGGAUGAUAUUGAGAGAGCUAUUGAUGAUGGUGUCAACACAUUCAAGGGAAUUGCUAGAGAUGGAAAAUUCUUACCGGGUGCUGGAGCCACAGAAAUUGAAUUGGCGCAACAACUUCUUCAGUACGCCGAUACACUGCCAGGUUUAGAACAGUAUGCAGUCAGGAAGUUUGCAGUAGCUUUGGAAAGCAUCCCUCGUGCCUUAGCUGAUAAUUCCGGGGCUAAUGCUACUGAAGUUGUAAAUAACAUCUACAAAGCUCACAAGGAAGGUAACAAAAACUCAGGAUAUGAUAUUGAGUCUGAAAACAAUGGUGUAUGUGAUGCUAAAGAAAAGAAUAUAUUGGAUCUCUACGUCCUGAAGUACUGGGGACUGAAAUAUGCGGUCGGCGCAGCUGCAACUAUCCUUAAAGUAGACCAAAUCAUUAUGGCUAAGAGGGCAGGAGGACCAAAACCAAAAGCACCAGCUGGAAGUGAUGAUGAAUCUUAA